UUCAAUCGAAUUCUAAGGGGGAGGUAAGAAAACUUCAAUUCCCAGGAUGCUUUUCGGCAGCAUGACUCAGUAGACCGGAAGUGCGUCACUCGGCCGCGCUGCUACCGUCUAUCUAGUGAUAUCCUGUAAAGGUUCUCAGGGAGGUCACGACUUCCUGGUUUCUGCUAGCCACAAGAUGGCGGUGUAGACCGGAAGUAGCGUGUUUUUGUAGUUUAUUAGCGGCUGAUGGACACGGAUUUCAUUCCUGGGAGAAGCGCGUCACAGAGGAGCGGCCAGUCCGCGGAAUCUGAAAAGGAGCAGACUACGUCAGGGCGGACCACAGCACAGUCAGCGACAGAGUCCGAUGAUGAUGCUGAAAUGGCCAUUGAAGAAGCCGAGGAGUAUGGGAUCGCUCUUCCAAGGAAGCGGACACCUGAAGAUUAUGGAAGACCCCGGAAGGGCCGUCACAUGUCAGCCGAUCUGUGCCUUCAGUUCAUCUGCGAAGCCAUGUGUAAGAAUGAAUGGGAGAGAGCGGCGGGACUCCUCGCCAGUUAUUUCCAGACUCUCGUGGAUCGAAACACCAUUAGACUGACAACUGCCGCUGAGAUUGUUUGGAGAUUAGGAUCUGAGAUCCUAUUAAAUCAUCCCAAAAGCACAAACGAAGACAUUAAUCUAUUCCACGAAACCAUGAAGAACAUCGGAGUGAAGAACUAUCUUCAGAUUUCCCUGGAGCAGAUCUAUCACUUGCUGUGUAGCGGUGACACGGAUGAAGUGAACAGGGUUGUGUCCUCAUUAGACAGCUGGAGAUACGGGCAGCACUCCAUCAAACAGAACAAGCUGCAGAAGCUGAUCCAAGCUUAUAGAGCCGUCCUCAACUACCGGGCCUGGGUGGAGAGGAGAUCCGCAGUGACCGAAAAUGAUCUGGGUUACGCGUCUCAGUCCUCCACCGUUCAGGCCAUGGGCAGUUAUUACAGACAAGCCACUGUCGCGUUUCAGGAUAUCGUCCAGUUUCCUGGUGUGUGGGAUCCCUUCAUUCUCAACUAUGUGGAUCUACUAGAAUCUUCUGGAGAGACGGAGGAAGCCGAAAAGGUUCUGAAAGAAUACGCUUAUAAUAGCAAGAACCCGCCAAAUCCUAACGCCCACGUGUACCUGUACGAGUUCAUGAAGAGAAACGGAGCGGCGGAUGACCUGCUUCUAAAAGAGCUCAGGGUUUUGUAUUCCAUGACUCCAUCUCACAAACUCAUGCUGAAAUGUAGCAGACUCCUUGACCGAUCUGAUUCUGAAGACGAUCAGAAGCUUUCUUUGCACGUCCUGUUUGACCUCUUGGAUUUUUCCGGUUGGAAGAAGAAUGUGACGGCUUGGAGCUGCUUAGCAAAGCGACUGCAGAAAACUUUCCUCCAUGAUCGUAGCGCUUGGAUAUUGGAGGCCUGGCAGCCCAGGCAGAGCUGGUGGCCGUCAUACCACUUCACAAGCUUUCUUGCCAAGAAUGACUGGAGGGAGUGUGCCAAACUCGGCCUGGUGAAGGCUAUGGUGGCCGGGAUGUUACAGGGGCCAGGUUGUGUCUAUUUCACCUGCGUCUAUGGAUCUGCGAGGAAUGAUGAGAAAACAGCCUUACGUCAUAUGAAGAAGUUUAUAAAGAUGAAUAACUGUGGAAAUAUCCCGUAACCGGGAUGGUGGUGACUUAGCGGAGGCAGUCAUCGUAGGCCGGUGACAACACUAGAGAGAAGACUUGUAUCCGAGAGUUCCUAGUAGCAUUGAAUUAUGGUCCAUAAAAAUGGCUGCCUCCGCUGUACGUCAGUGACCGCUCCGGCCUAAACCCUUCCAGUUAUAUGUGAAGGGUCCUGUUAUGAGCCCAUUUGUAGGGUUCAGUUAAUAUUUUCAUACAGUGGAGGAAUUGCAUUUUUUUAAAUAAAAUGUGACUUCUUACUUUAUUACUUCAAAGGGGUUCUCUAGGACUUGGCUAUUGAUGACCUCGCCUUAGGGGCGCAUGCGUUAUACUUUUUUACCACCGUUGGGCAGAGGGCUGUAAUCCUCUAUUUCAUUGAUCAAAGCCAACCGUCAUACUAAAUAAGAUACCGCCCAUCAGCGUCCUCCCCGCUACAUAUCAACCAUCCGCAGCACUUCCUGUGUCGGUGACUACAUUAGCCAUGCAGGUAAUAGACACAAUAGCUGUGGUCACCGAUGGUUAUCCUCCACAGUAUCGGGAAGCAAGGACAGGGGAGAACCCCAAAAUAAAAGAAUGCCGUCAUACGUCGGCUAGGGUUGUGAUUGGCAAAAGUAUUCCUUUAGGCUACGUCUACACAACGACAUUUGUUGCGCAACAUUUUGUUGCACUAAUGU